CAUGAGAGGUAAAUUAGCGAAGAAGCAAAGGGCAAAAGAUAACGUCCCUACGUGCUCUUUCUUCAUGGCAAAUUUGGCCAACAUAUAAAUUUGGACCCUCUCAAUGGAGCAACAACACACACACCCUCUUCCCUCUGAAUCCUCUCUCGUCAGUUUUAGUCAUUGUUAGGGAAAGGUGCUCUUUUUUUUUUUUUCCUGGCUUCUUUUUCUCUCUGUAGCUUCAUUAACAAGGUGUUUGUUGAAAUUCCUGAGUGAAGUGAGUAAAAUGGUUGUGUCCUUCAAGGUUUCAAAGGUGGGUUGGAGAUAUAGGCCUAAGGUGCUUCAGAUUGAUGAGACUGAAAAUGGCAAUGGAAAUGAUCACCAAGAGAGGCUUAAUGAGGGUAGAUUUAAUGAAUUAGAAGAUAAGGAUGCUAGUCAUUCAAAGGAAUUGACGGAAUCUGCAAUACACCAAAUGUCAGAAGAUCUUGAGGUUUUCAGUGAUGUACCAAAGCAAUUAGUUCCUGAUGAUAGAGACUCAAAGGCCCUUUUCACUGCCAUUGAACACGGAUGGUUACCUAGAGAAAUUUUUUAUCAAACACUUUGCAAGUAUGUCAAUGGAGCAGCUUUUUGUGAGAUUCGAGAUUAUUGUAAUUGUUUGUCCCAGAAGGCAAGUACUGCUUUGGCUGAAACCUCUCCAACUAUUCAUAGAGUGCUUCUACAGAUGUGUGCGGAGGAUUCUAUAUCAAAUGAAUCUUGGGCAUAUAAAGAUAUGUUGGAAGUUGAGUCUCGCACUCUCAGAGCUUUGCAACCUUCUCUUCAUCUGAAUCUGGACCCAUUGCUGGAUUAUGGAGAAUCACCAACUCAGAAGAUUAGUUUGGGAAUCACCUAUGGUUGGAAAAAGAGAAAGCUCAGUGAUCUACCAAAAUUCAACUCACAAAACAGUAUCUGCUUGCCAAGUAUGGUAAGCAGCGGCUCACAGGAUUCCAAUUUUCAAUCUGAUUUAGCAUACCAAGGUAUAGAAGUCCCAAAUUCAGGAGUUAUCCCCAAUUUACUAGCGGGAAAGGUUGCACAAGUGAACAUUCAUAUCUAUCAAGCAGUGAAUGGGUGCAACAAAACUGUGGCAGUUGAUUUGUCUUCAUCCUCUAUGAACAUCAACAGAAACCAGAGAGAACCUACUUUUUCGCUUCCUGCUGAGAAGAGUGAAUGUGAAGCACAAUCAUUUGAAAGACCUAUCCUUAAGAUACCUAUGCAAGAACCUAACUUCACAUUGAUGCAGAAUACUUGGAAUCUAGCUGAAAUUGGUCUAGCACCUGCAUCACAUAGGAAAAACAAUCUGCUGUAUCAAAAAAUUGGGUCUGAGAAAAAUAUUCAUGAAAGAUAUAGUGACCAGAGAGAAAUUUUGCCAUUGAAAAAUAAAGGUCAACAGGAAAUUGUUGAAGGGAACCCAAAGCAGCCUACUGGAAUGCUAAAUUUUGUUGUGAAACAAGAGCCUCGUGAAACUACUGAUUUUCCCAAUUCAGAUGUUAGGAAGAUCAAAGAUAAAUCCUCUGUGGGGGAUAUGAGAUGUAAUCCAUCUAAACAUCCUCAACUAUUGGAAAAAUCACCAUUAUUAGUAAGAGCUAAUAGCCAUCUUGCUGACACUGUUGAGAAAAAUUUGAGAAAUGAAAUGGUUACCGAGAAAGUUUUGCCUAGUCCUCAAGUAACUUCUGAUGUUAGAACUGCAUCAUUAAGACUGUUUCAAGGUGAGUCCUUAUUGGGAGAGGCUUCUUUACCUACAAGGCAAAAGAAGAAUAUUCUGCCCGGAGUUUCAAGUAUAAGGAUGACUAAUUCACUUGCCAGCACCAGAAAGAUACAUACUGCUGAUGCAGGUUCUGCUUUAGCGAGCCCCUGCCUUGAAAGGUUUGUGAAGAUUGGAGCCGUGACUCAAAGGUACAAACUGAAUGAUAAGAAGCGUAAAUUGGACCAACUGUUGCCAAGUAAACAAUUUUUUAAUAUUGCUUUGGUUGCUCUCCAUCUUGCUAAUUCUGAGGACAGAAGGUUGAAAUAUGCUACCGCUCGUAGGAUUCCUCUAUCAAAAUGCUCCAUAGAUAGGAAACAUAACGGCUCCAAGACCAGGACAUUGACAUUUGUGCACCAAGCUUAUGUUCAUCAAAGAAAAGAAAUUUCCCAGAAUGAUAGUGGGGCCCAGGUUAAACUGGUCAUGUCAGAGAUUCUCAAUGAGGGAAAGGUGGAAAUAACUGUUGUUUAUGAACAAGAAGAGAGAGAUUCCAUCAGUUUUCCUCUUUUACCAGCCUGUCCCAAUACUCAUUUUGCAGACCUCUUUGCUGCUCAUUUCCAGUCAUUGAUAGCGAAAGAAGGAUACCAUAUAGCCAGAGAUCAGAUAGAGCCUAUGGUUCUUAGUUCUGAUGAUGAGUCUAGUAGUGCCUUUAUUGGGAGUGACCCUGCAGCAUGUGGAUCCCUUCUACGGCCAUCCCCAACAUUAAUCCCAGGGCAAGCGGCUUCCAUGCUUCCUUGCAUGAAGAGUAGAAUGUUAGCCCUUAACAGUAACACCGGGCAAUUAUCAUCCCAAAAUAUUAUACCUAGAAACCACCUGCUACCCCCUGCAAACUUCCAGUUGCCGAUCCAAAACUUGUCCAAUAAUUUAUCCAAACUACAGCCUGACGUUGCUGCACAAGUGAGAAUGAUAAAUCCACAAUGUCCAGAGUUUUUUAAUAAAGAUGCCCAUUUACAGUUUCAGAUGAUGCAAAGACAGAGACGGUUUGAGCAACUUGCUCAAAAGACAUCAGUGGGAGGAUUAGGCGCAGCUAUGGGUGGUGUAGAUACGAUGCAGUUGUAUGGUGAUAUUGGGGAGCUAGGUGAUGGUGUUAUGGCCUUGGGAGGCGCCAUGAAUUUUCUACAGAGUGGACAAAUCCCGUGGAUGGGAAACCUGGAUCAGUUUAGUAAUCUUGACAGCAAUAUAUCCAGUUCCAGAAAACAAUGCUUUGGGAUGAUGCCUGAUCACUCUUCAAUUUUAGCAACACUAGGCCUGCGUGCACCAGAAUGUCCGGGGGGAGCUAUGAUGAAUCAAAUUGCAAUCCAUGGAAGCACUGGAGUGGUGCAAAUGCAGAGACCAACUAUUCUAGACAUGGCUUAUCUCUUGAGCAAUCAACAGCUGCCACCAAUGCCACAGAUUCCUCAACAAUUGCAAAUGCCAUAUUCCCAGCAACAACAGCAGGCAAUGAUACUGCUGCUUCAAUCUGCAGAAGCCGCUAACUUUGCUGGGCAUGUGAGUUCACCCAUAUGUGAUAUCAACUCAACCUACAACAAUUUGAUGCACUGCCCCGAAUGGGCCCCGUUUAAUGGAGCACCAAAUCAGCAUUACAGUAGACAAAUGAUGGGAAUGCAAUGGUAGGUCUUAAAAUCUCCGAGCUUAGGACAUGUACUGAGCCUAUGCUAUCAGCAAAGCAAGCUCCUGAAUGAAAAGUAUCAUGUUUUGGCAUAGAGAGUAAGAAUCCUAUUCGUAUUGGCAUGAUGUAAAUAACCUAAAUAGACAUAUAGAAAAGAAAUAGAGUGUUCCUGGCCUUGUAUCGUCCGUUGAUGUUGCCUGUACUAAUGCUGUGUAAUAUCCUUUGUUGGAAGGUGAAAAUGGUAAGGUUUUGUUUAAGCAGUGGAUUUGAGUUUG